CUUAGCUUGACAAAAUCCGAGGGGGAAAUAGUUUCUAGUUAGCUCCAGUUGGGUCUAGAUUGUGUACCUUGCGAUUCUCCAGUUUUCCUUGAAGAGGCGAUUUACCUUCCAAACAAGUAAACAAAACGGCCGUCCGAAAGAUGUGCAACUCCUGAGUUAAAAUGAAAAUUUUCAGACGAGCUCUUGCCUAAGAUAUUAAAAUUGUUUUGUCCGAGAGACAAUAUUGUUUGAUUCCUAGGAAACUGAUUACUUUGACACGCUAUCUUUAAGGGUACAAGACAGAUGGAAAAUAUCAUUAAACCCUCAGAAAUGGCAGAUUGUUCUAGCAUUAAGUGCAGCCGGAAACUGAUGAGCGAGCGCAUUAUGCACGAACAUCAAUUGCCUGAUGAGGUUGGGGAGAGGUGGAAAAACCUGGCGCGACAGCUAAAUUUCAAAGAAGCUUUUAUUGGCACGACUAAGAAUGACAAGGGCGACACCAAGGAAUGCUGCAUCGCAGUCAUUGUAGCCUGGAUCAAUCAGGAGGGAAAGGACGCUACUGUUGAAAGGCUCGCUAAUGCUCUAACCAGUAUAGGGCUUAAGAAAGUGGCUGAAAUACUUCAGGGUCUCUUGUUAUCAGAAGAGGAUGACGGAACAGGAACAAACGACUCAAAGCAGAUGGAGAACAGAAUGAAUAAAAUAGAGAAAAAUUACGAUCAAUUAAGAAGAGAGAGCCGGGAAUUACACGGAUUAAUUCAAGAAUUGAGAAAAGAACUGUCCAUACUAAAGCAGGAACGUCAAGACACAUCUCAAGAGAAUUUUGCCGAGAACUUCGAUAAUUCACUCCGAGAGGUUGAUUUAGAAGAUACCAGAAAUAAUCUCGCACCAAAUCGGGCUAAUACAGGGGUUGAAAUCGACGCGGCAAAGGUGAAACACUUCAACAGGCUGCUUUGUAGUAAAGUUACGUCUGUGUUGGAAGAGCAAGAAACAAGAGACAAACUGAUUGUUUUAACAAGACUCAGUGUAAGUCUACAAGAGUUGUAUAACUCUGUUCUCUCCAUCGCGGCUGAUACUUGCAAAUGCACCAAUGAGGAGGUGAAAGGAGAGUUUUACGACUUUGCAUAUCACGGUCUCCGAGCGGAACACAACGAUCUGGUGCAUCGAGUUGAAGAUUUGGCAGCGGCAUCAGAAAAAAUGAACGACAAAGAGAAAGAGGAGUUUGGCAAACUCCAAAAACUUCAAAACAACCGACAGAGAAAGGUCGAUAGGGUAGAAAGUCUGUGCAGAGGUCAUUUCUCAAGGAACUUGAGACGACAAUGUAGACACUCAGGCACCAAACCCAAGCAGGCCAUGCCAGCUGAACAGAACACCUGUCCAGUAACAGAAACUAUGAGAGAGGAUAAAAAGUUCGGGACGUAUUUUACUAAUGUGAAAGAGACUGUGAAGAAGAUCCUUUCCGGAAAAAGAGGAAACGAAGAAAAUUCGUGCCACCUUACGUCCUAUUCAGCAAUAAAUCCUAUGGAUUCUUGAAUGGCUGGAAGAGAUAAUGAAAUCGCAUAUAAUAUUAGGUGACGAGUGGACGAAAAUCUAGCAAACGCACAAAGUCAACGAAUAUUUAGCAAAAGGCUCAUAUAGUCAACGAAGAUCUAGCGAAGGCACAAAGUAAACGAAUAUUAGGCAAAAGGCACAAAGUUAACGAAGAUCUAGCAAACGCACAAAGUCAACGAAGAGUUAACAAAAGAGCCAAAGCUGAUAUGAACUUGACCGGGGAUGAUAAGGUUCCAUUAAUGAAAUUACAAAAACUUUAAGCAGCUAGGCUUUUAUACAAUAUACCAAGAUACUCUCAUAUUACAACAGUUUUUAACUUUUUGCAUUGGUAACCGGUUAAAUUUAGAAUAGAUUUCAAAGUCAUUUUAUUUACAUUUAAGGUAAUUUAUAGGAUUGCUCCAAAAUAUGCAUGUGAACUGAUUAGCAUUAUAGGUAGCAAUCCAUAUAAUGUCAGAUCUUCUCAAGGUUUACUUUAGCAGUUACCAAAUGUCUUGACAUUUGGCGGCUGCUCCAAAAUUAUAGAAAAAUUUACCCCAGGAUUUACUUAAUGAGAGACAGUUCAUACUUUUAAAUAAAUGUUAAAGACCUAUCUUUUUAGACUUGCUUUUCAUCAGAUUUUAUCUUAUGUGAUAUUUAUAUAUAAUAAAUUUCUUAUUUGUUUUUAAUAUGUUAGUAAUUGAAUUGUCCAUUAAUUUUUAUUUUAAGUUUAUGAUAGAUAAACUGUUUUAGCAUUUUAUGUACUGCAACUUUGGUCAUUUAACAUAUUGAA